AUGUACUGUCUAAAUGGUUCCGGGGAAAUCGUGGACACUUACCACGGUGAGACAGCAUAUAUUCUUUCCACAAGCACCAAAGAAUCCGAAGAUACCAAUGAUCGUGAGAAGAACACCAAAAACUAUAAUGCAUAUGACAAAGACAUGAAGAUUCGAGACAUCGUUGCUCAAAUACGUCACCACGUUAUACUCAGCGAUGCUUCCGGCAAUUAUCAGCCCAAUGCCGCACAACUAAAAUCGAGAUUGAUAUCAAAAUGCUAA